GUUAAGCAACAAUGACAACACAAAGAAAGAAGAAACAAAAAUGGCUAAGUCUUUUACUUUGUUUCCAGCCCUUAUGAUACUCAGCUUCUUCUUAAUCAUCUUUUCACCUCUGAUCCAAGCCAGCUUCACCGAUGACCUCAAGGGUCUAGAAUGGUCCUCUACGGGAGUCCAUGGCUCCUCAGGCUGCCACGGUUCCAUAGCUGACUGUAUCGGAGAAGAGGAAGAGGAAAUGGACUCAGAGAUCAACAGAAGAAUAUUGGCGACAACGAAAUAUAUAAGCUAUCAAUCUUUGAAGCGGAACAGUGUGCCUUGUUCAAGAAGAGGGGCGUCAUAUUACAAUUGCCAGAACGGAGCUCAGGCUAAUCCUUAUAGUCGUGGUUGCAGCGCUAUUGCUCGUUGCAGGAGUUAGGUGUGAAGAAUAAGCUCUCUUUUUUUUUUUAACAAGCUCUUUUCUCUUCUCUAUGGUUUCUUAUAAUUUGUACGGUACACAUAUAAGUUGGAUUUGGAUGUGAAUAAUCUUGGGUUGUUGUAUGAUCCAUUAACUGUUUAGUUGUGCUAUAAGCCUAUAAGCUUUGAAUAUUUCAUGUGUA